AUGAAGUGUUUUAAAUGCGAUAAAGUUGGACAUCUGGUGAAAAACUGCAAGACAACGAAAACCCCAACAGAGCAAAUCUCAAACGCUAAAGAUUACUACGAAGAUUUUUCUAUGUUCACAACGUUGGAUGUGCAAACAGAAGAAAUAUUUAAAAUAGGAAAUGGUGCGAAAUUUGACGGUUGGUGUCCUGAUAGAGGUAGUACAUCUCAUAUUUGCAACGACUUCGAAUUGUUCGCGGAAAUCAAUAGAAAUUGUAAUCAGGGAAAAGUGAACCUAGCUAUGCGUGCAAGUACGGAAACACUGGGAACCAGUAUCGCAUCAGCUGCGAUGGAAUUUGACGGCUUAAAAAAAGCGGUAAAAUUUCGCAACGCCUUGUACGUUCCGAAUUUACCAUUUACGUGUGAGAAGAUUUCCGAAGCAGUCGCCGCGGCUCAGAAGCCGCAAAAAAAUUGUCUUGAAGAUUGGCACAUCAGGCUAGGAGAUUUAAAUGUUCAAUAUCUUCGUCAGGCAAUCAAGGUCGGGUCUAUUCAAGGAAUCAAAGUCGAUGGUCCAGACAAAGAUUUUGAAUGCAGUGUCUGCAUCAAGGGGAAGAUUUGUCACUCUCCCUUUCCGAAGGUAUCUGAAAGAUUGACAGAAGUGGGUUAA